AUGACCAAGGUCGAAGCAUUCCCUCAGGCCGGGCGUGUGAUUGGCGCGAGCGUGAGCCCAGUGGCCUCGAGGCAAAAAGGUGUGGACUGCCGGGUGGACAAGUUGGUGCAGUUCUUGCAUCUCAAAGCAGAUCAACAUCUUUCCGACAAGGCCCAGGCAUUGCUGUGGCGCUGUGCUGCCGAGGGUCGCUCUGUGCAUCCUUUCGGUGUCCUGGCCGCGGCAGAGGUCCGACGAGCUGUUGGCAAGUUCGAGCAGCUGCAGAGGCGGGCGGAGGAGAAGAUUCUGGGGCCAGCAAGUGUGCUGGAGUCCAGGCUAUCUGCUAAGCCAAGAUCACGCGAGUCGGAAGAGGCUUCAAACUCGAGAGAUGGCCAAGUCGCCGGCAAGACCUCGGCACGGCCACAAGUCGUCAAAGAUAUUGCGCUCUACCUGCGCUCCCAAACACCGAAAAGGCGCGGCAGCUCCGAGCAGAUUUUACGAACGGCCGCCAAGCGGCAGUGGGACGUGGCAGGCUAUAGCAACCUGUCGCGGGAUGAGGUGGAGAAGGCCAUUUUCCUUGGCGCGGGCAAGCGUGUGACAAGGCCGGUUGGAAAUGCUUUGGGCGACGCUUCCGCCACGGCGAAGGUGGAGAUCGGGACCCAGGAGACCCAGCAAUCCAAGGCUAAGGCGGCCGUGCCCGGAAGCCCUUCGAAGUCGGAGAAGGACAAGGAAGUGAAGGGUGCCUGGGGCCACGUGGUCGAUGCAUUGCGCUCGGAAAGGCUGAGGCCGGCUUGGUGA